CGGUAGUGCGGGCGCGCGCGCGCCAAUGGGCUGAGCCCCCUUCUUCCUACGAGCUCCUGCAUGAAGUAGCGACUGAAAACAUGAAGAAAUUGCAGCUUUUGAACGAAUACCUGACGGAACGGCUCAUGGUGACCGUGCGGGACAUACUGGAGGUGGUGGGAGCCACGGUUAUGGAGUAUCGAGAGGAAACGGCCCGGACGCACCGGGAGAACGAGCUCCUGAGGCGGAGGCUGAGGGAAGCUGGACUGCGGGAGCCCGGCGAAGCGGACCAGUCCAUCUUGCCCCCUGUCCCUGGCACAGGGUCCCCCACGAGACGGGAGGCUGCCGGGCUGGAUUGGAACUCCCUGCGGGAACAGGACACCGAGACGACACCUGUCGAUGGAAAGCGAGACCUGCACGGUCACGUUAUUCCUCUUGGAGUGACAACGAGGCGAGAUUCACGAGAGCUGCCCGAGUCUGACUGGACAGCGGGACGCAGAAAGCUGACUUCUGGUGGUCCGGGAUUCAGACCUGCCUGCCGUAAAAAUGACCAAGGUCAGGAUGCUGUUGAGCUCUCGGAUCUUUUUAAGAUAAAAAUCAUGAGUCCUGCAGAAGUGGACUCUCAGCCUAAUGUGGAGUCAGGCCCGUUUAAAACGGAACCGAACGGAACGAACUUGAGUGGCGCCGAUGAGUCUGGCAACCUGAGAAGCGCCGAAGAGCCGAACGUCAGCGAGGUCGUAGGUGAAUGUACGUCGUGGACUGAAACCCAGUCGACUCGGGGCCGUCUGAGGCAGGUCAGGGCGAAGAGGUCGCACUCCUGCCCGCAGUGCGGGAAGACGUUCAGUCACGUGUCGCGCCUGAAGAUACAUUUACGCAUUCACACGGGAGAAAAACCGUACAGCUGCACGCAGUGUGGGAAGUGUUUCAACAAUGACGGCACACUCAAAAACCAUCAGAGGGUUCACACAGAAGUGAGGCUGUUCAGCUGCGUCCAGUGCGGCAUGAGUUUUAAGGACGCAUAUACCUGUAAGAAACACCAGAGAGUGCACACGGGGGCCCGGCUGUACUGCUGCUCCCUUUGCGGAGAGCAGUUGAAUGAUGCAGUCUGUCUGCAACAUCACAUUAGAACACACACUGAAGACACACCGUAUUCCUGCACCUUGUGCGGAAAACAUUUCACUGAUGUCAGCAAACUCAAUAAGCACUUCAGGAGUCAUGCAAGAGAGGACACUUACAGCUGAAUACCCUGAAAAUCAGUCUGGAGCACACUCUCAGCUUCAUAACAAGAAUAGUAAUAAGAAUGAGCUUAGUCAUCCUUCAUACCAGAUACCUAAGUUUAGUACGCUGAUUGCUCACAAAGAUACAUUUAUUUUUAUUCUUAAAAAGGCUUUAUUAAUAAUCAUUUUUAUAGUUGGAAAGAAGAUGUCACAUCCUGCAAGCGUUCUCUGUAAAGUCUUGCGGAACACACACGUACUCUACUUAAGGCGAAAAGGGGUGUAAGGCAAGUGCUGUUGUCAUUUUUAAAUCUUCAAACUACUCUGAAUCAAACACACACUAACCUUUUACAGACUUUAUUUUGUAAUGAUUAUUAGCACCUGAAUGUCUGAUGAAAAGUCCAGUUUUGCUAAUUAUGAGGAUAAUUCGGAUGCUGACAGUACUUGUAAUUUAUGUUGACGUUGAUUUUUCAGAUGUGUGACACUUAAAUGUAGGUGGUCAAAAGGGAACUAAUUAUUACUUGUCAAAAUUGUUGUUUUUGGCGAGGCAGGAUGGGAAUGUGUGGCAGCAUUUGAAAAAAUGUGAUUUGGAAAAUAGCUCCUUCUGUUUUCGAGGACAACUUAUGUAAAAAAAAUUUUCACAUUAAAUAUGAUUGGAAUGUUGCUUGGAAGUAAGCUGCUGAAUACCAUUUAAUAAAUGGGUGUAAGAUUUCAGUGCCUUGAAGACUGCGCAUAUAUAUUAAAGUGUUUUAAAGAAAAUUCCUGAUUAAUAUUCCACAUGAAAUGACCCGUGGGAAGCUGACUCUGAUACUACCCUGCACUGAUCUUUGAGCCACUUGCAUGAUCGAUACCAGGGUCACAAAAUGUGAUUAAACUUAGUUUGGGUAGUUUUGGUCAUCUUUAGUUCAGUUUUUUCCUGAGGCCCAACUAUGAUUCAGGCAGCACUGUUAAUAAACAGCCUUGAGAAUCCAAGACAAGCUGAUAUAGCACAUACAAGCAGUCCAGCAUGUACUUCUUUCUGCUGCUUGCUUUCAAAAAUGUCAUUUUUUUUUGCUUUUAUUUCCUGUCACGACACCCUUUGUGCCUUCAGUAGUUUUUACAAAAUACCAGCAAAGACCCAGUGGACAGCCAUGCAAUCGCUUUGCUCUGAAAUCAGGGUGAACACCUCAUGACCAGGAAAGAAUAAACUUGUUCUUCUUCUCAUUGCAAUGUGAUUUGAACCUUAAUAAUUUCACAAGGGAUGAGAAGAAAAACCACUGGGGCCUCUGGAGAGUCAUGUCAAAGGCGUUAAUGUAAUGAAAUUAUUCUGGCACUAAACCAGAAUUUUCUUGCUUGUACUCAAAAUAACCUAUAAGAUAACAACUGCAAGAAAUUUAAUGUAUGGCCAAAACUGAACGGCAUAGUUUUUUUGGGGCUCAUGCUUGGUCAAACACUCAUGUUGUCUGUUAUUUUAGUUCUGUAAUGUUUGCAUUAAAUACCUGUAU